AUGGGGGAGUGCAGAGUCGGGACAAACAUGUGCUACAAGUGUGGUAGAGUUGGACACUUCGCCAAAGAGUGCUCGAGCAACAAUAACACUGGAGUUGGGGGAACAUCGAAUGGGCCUCGAGAGAAUCCCACACCACCUCAGCAGCCGCAGCAGCGUCGCCAACCAUAUCCCACUCAAGCUAGGGCCUAUGCCUUGGGACGCAAGCAAGCUAAAGCCCCACAGGGAGAUCCAAAACAAGAUAAUCUGGAAGAUGAACGUGAACUCACCAAUAGGAGGCCUUAUAGAACUUUCACAAUCUUGCUCGAACAUAGAAUUUAUGGUGGGAGAACUUAG